UUUCAAUAAUUCUGAUGGGCUUAUGCUGUUUUGUAUUAACCGUGGCCGUAAUACUUCAAACUUUUCCGCUAAUAUUUGAUUUUAUAUUACCUUUGAACGAGUCACGUUCUUGGCAAUUUUUUAUCGUUACGGAAUAUUUUUUCAAUCAAGAGAAAUAUGUAUACGCAAUACUAUUACAUCAUAUCCUAGCUAUAUCCAUAGCAGGAGUCACAGUGUGUAGCGCCAGUUCGACAUUCUUAAUGUUUCUCCUACAUAUAUGUGCUCUAUUUAAUAUCGCAAGUCAUCAUAUAGAAAAUGCGAUGAAGUGGAACAUAUUAGCAAUAUCUGAUCCUAAAAGAGAGCAUCUCCUUUACCAGAGGAUUGUACAUGCAGUUAUUGUACAUCGUAGAGCCAUCGAGUUUACUAAGUUUUUCACAUCUGAAUUUGCUGUAUUAUUUGCUAUUCUGAUCUUAAUUGGUGUCAGCUCUUUAAGUUUAACUCUUUUACAAUUUCUUCAAUUGAUAACAUUAACGGGUAAUGUCACAGAGAUAUUCGUAUUUGCUUUGUUAAUUUUGAUUCAUUUAACUUAUAUGUUCUGUGCCAAUUAUGCGGGACAAAUAAUAACAGAUCAUGGAAUAAAGCUGUUCAAAGCAACUUAUAAUGGAAUGUGGUACGCAGCACCACUGCAUACACAGAAAAUGUUAUUAUUUAUAAUGCAAGAAGGAAUAGUGGAUAUCAAUAUAAAAUGCGGUGGCAUAUUUACUGCUUCCUUGGAAGGUUUUGCUACGCUCACGAAUGCCGCAGUAUCCUACUUUACAGUGAUUUAUUCUACGCGAUAAUAAUGAACUAGGAUAAUUCAUUAUUUAUCGGCUACAUGUUUAAAUUAACAUAACAUAAUUAACAUAAUACACACAUACA